GACCUCCGGGGCCCACGCAUCGAGAAAAUUGGAGUAGCCGGAUGUCUGGGUCCUAAACAUGCUCGCGCCGUGAGCCAAAACAUCGGCACGGGAGAUGUUCCGCCAGGUUCGGCCUCCUGGGGGGGCCCUCCCCGGACCGCCAGAAGAAACGGCUCGGGAUGAGAAGCCUGGGUCGGGGAAUGGGUCGGGGCCUCUAGGGGUCGACGCCCUGGAAAAAGCACGGCGUCGCGCGUCUGGUUAUCGUUGGCCGGCACCACACCCUUCGGAGUCGCCGAGUUGAGCCGACCCCCAUCCCCACUGGGCCGUGGUAUAUCAGCCCCACUGCCACACCGCCCCAGGUGGGCAUACACCCCUCGAAAUCGGACAGGAGCAGCCCAUAUCCCCACCCGGGGGGGUACAUCGGUCAGACAGGCCCAGGCCACGCUAGAGCCGCUAGAGGACAUGGGGAUCGUUGACCGAUGCUCCUCCUCCUCCUCCUCCUCCUCCUCCUCCUCCUCCUCUUUCUCCUCCUCGCCCACCUCUCCCUCCUCUUUUCCCUCCUCCUUCUCCUUUUUCUCCUCCUCCUCCCCUCCUUCUCCUCAGACGGGGCGGAUCCGCGUGCGGGUCCGCGCGGGCGGCAGCGGCGACCCCGCGGGCUGGAGCGUCCGGGACCUGCGCUCCUUCCUGGACGAGCGUGGGAUCCGGCACGCGGACUGCUUCGAGAAGCGCGAGCUCGUUCGGCGCGCGCGCUCCGCGGCGCCGCCCGCCGGCGCGCGCCGAGCGCCGGC